CCCGUCAAUACGCCUUCACGUAUUCGAAAGAGGUAGACGCGUUCUUCAUUUGUUGUGUGUUUCUGUUUUUCUUUUUAGCGUAUCGUCCGUGUGUGAGUGUUCGCCAAGUUCGCAAACUUGUUCCAGUUUUCUUCAUUCUUCAUUGUUUUUUUUUUCGUGUUUGUCUUGGUUUUUGUUACGUUUUGGAAUAGCAGAUCGAAACGGUUCGUUUUUCUUAUCCGCAAUCUGUUGAACAGAGAAAUUGAAAGAAAUUAUUGAUUACUCUUCGUGACUCAACGGUGUGUGUCGACAUCUGCAAUUGAUGGUGCUAGAUGUUUCACGAUCUUCGUGCGUGUCAUUUAUCUUUCGAUCGUGUACUGCCUGUUGACGACUUUGCGACAUCCGAAUUGAUCGAUCCGCUUCGCCGCAAAAACCAAAGGGAACGCGAAUAUUUUGAGAGGAUAAAACAUCUUUUUUUAAAAAUCAAAUAAACACCUCGUCUUGUUGAUCGUUGAUUGUUGAGCGGACGUUGAAAAGCUGGCGGGUAGUGACCGUCAUCAGCGCAAGAAAGCGAUAGCUAUGUUAAUCACCGAAGCGAUGACGAACGCUUACGGCAACGCAGGUGCUGGAGGUGGUCAUUUUGAGAACGGAAUGUCCCCCUAUCAUCAUCAUCAACAGCAUCAGCAUCAUUCUCAGCAGCAGGCGAAUCAACAGCAUCAUCAGAAUCACUACCAGCAACAAGGAAUGAUGAACCAAGCGACGGCCAGCAUGCUGGCCAAUCAACAGCAGCAGGCCAUCAAUCUUGCCUUGCAGCAUCACCAUCAGCAACAGUGGCUCUCUGCCAAUGCGAACGGAGUCAACAACAACAGCGGAUUGAUUCAACAUCCCGCCGUUGCUGCACCCACUGUCCAGCAACAGCAACAGCAACAGCAAGCCAAAGAUGCAGAGGCUAUCAAACUGUUUGUCGGGCAGAUCCCGCGUAAUUUAGAAGAAGCUGAUUUGCGUCCCAUGUUUGAAGAGUUUGGCAAGAUCUACGAACUCACCGUGCUCAAAGAUAAACUCACCGGCAUGCACAAAGGUUGCGCAUUUCUGACGUAUUGCACAAGGGAGAGCGCCAUCAACGCCCAGAACGCGCUUCAUGAAAAGCGGACCUUGCCAGGGAUGAACCGUCCUAUUCAAGUGAAACCAGCAGACAGCGACAACAGAGGAGAGGAUCGUAAGCUUUUCGUGGGUAUGCUCAGCAAGCAGCAGACGGACGAAGACGUCAGACAAUUGUUCCUACCAUACGGCACCAUCGAGGAAUGCACCAUUCUUCGCGGCCCAGACGGACAGAGUAAAGGUUGCGCAUUCGUCAAGUUCAGCACUCACGCCGAAGCCCAGACGGCCAUCAACAGUUUGCACGGGAGCCAGACCAUGCCCUAUUAUUGUCAAAUGAACCAGGGUGCAUCUUCGAGCCUAGUGGUGAAAUUCGCCGACACGGAGAAGGAGCGACAGCUGAGGAGAAUGCAGCAGAUGGCUGGCAACAUGGGCCUCAUCCAUCCGUUCGUUUUCAAUCAAUUUGGAACGUACGGAUCCUACGCUCAGUUGAUACAGCAGCAAGCAGCCAUCAUGGCAGCAGCUUCCGCCGCUGGAGGAGGAGCCUACAUUGGAGCCGCGCCCAUGGCCAUUGCCACGCAGAUUCCGCCAUCAGCUCUCAACGGCAUCGCCAGCCCGGGUGUCGUUCCCUCUGCACAAGGCACAGGAUCGGGGGGUCAGGUCAACGGUGGCCUGUCGUCCAUCCCAUCGCCUACGAUGCCCAAUUUCGGAAUGGCCCCCAAUUCGGCCAACGGCCAAAAUGGACCAAACGGACAAGAUCCUUCGUCUGUCUACAACGGUCUAGCUCAGGGUUAUCCCUCACAUCUUCCCUCUUUACUGGUGCUAGCACACGGCGGACUGGCCAAUGGCGAAGCGGCGCUUCAGCCCGCCGCUUUCGCGGCACUUCAAACCUACCCCGGCGUCGCCUAUCCUGCCAUGUACGGACCCAUGGCUCAUCACUAUGGCAACGACGUUUCCGCCCUGACUCCAGGUUCUACCGAAGGUAGCGCUCACGGAUGUUCCAUCUCCGGUCCCGAGGGUUGCAACUUGUUCAUCUACCACCUGCCACAAGAGUUUGGUGACGGCGAGCUGAUGCAAAUGUUUCUACCUUUCGGCAAUGUCAUCAGUUCCAAAGUCUUUAUCGAUCGGGCUACCAAUCAAAGCAAAUGCUUUGGUUUUGUGAGUUUCGACAACCCGGCCAGUGCUCAGGCUGCUAUUCAGGCCAUGAAUGGCUUCCAGAUUGGCAUGAAGAGACUCAAAGUGCAGCUCAAACGGCCCAAAGAUGCCAACCGACCUUACUAGUCUAUUCAUCAGAAAGUGAAUUGGAGCCAGCGGACGUAAUAGCAAGAAUGCAUCACAAAACAAUUGCAUUGAAAUAAACGUAUCAUUUAAAACAGGCUGAGAAGGAAAAACAAAACAAAACAAACAAAACACUGUGGAAAUUUCGUAUGUCUCGUGUUGAUGUGUGGCAGUUGGACGCAAGUGGAACGCGUGGAACAAUGGCGGAGAGUGGAUGUGCUGUGUGCAAUCUGACAUAACCAAACAGAUCGAUGGCCACGGGACGUGUGCCCACUCUUAUUUUUGGUUUGGUUUUCUUCAAAUUCGUCUCUCGAAGAAAAGGAAGUACGGCGAUAGUUCUGGUUACAGUUCCGGCAACAGUCACACAACUUGAUCAUCAACCUCCCUCUUGGCUUUUGUUUCUCCGGAAAUGAAAAAAAAAAAAAAAAGGAAGGGACAUUCGUCUAACUCGGAGUUAACGACAAUAACGAACCAAGAAUUCUGCAGUUCCUCUUGGCUUUUAUUUGCCCUUGUUUUUCUUCCUCUUCUUCCUCUUCUUCUUCUUCUUCUUCUUGGCGUUGCAAUCCAGCAUCAAGUCAUGCUUUCUCUCUCUCUCUCUUCUUUUUUAAAAUAUCUACAAACAACAACCAACCCCUCUCCAAAAAACAAAACCAAACAAACCAACAUAAAUCUUCGGCUUUUCUCUGCUCAGCGCGGGCACGCGCGUGACUUGCCUUUGUACAAUAGCACGUCGAGAAAAAAGAAAAGCAAAGAGAGAGAAAAAAAUUAAAAAUUUUCGGAGGGGGGGUUAGGAAGAAAGAGAAUUGCGGAUGGAAAUGGAAGAAGACGGAAAAAGGAAAGUGUUUGACCAAACUUUGCCAAAGAAUAUAAAAUCAAUGAAGAAAAAUCAACGUCUUCACAGUUUAGUGCGAUGGGAUUUUGUACGUAAACCUCCCUCCACAAAGAAGAGGGGAAAAAAAACCCAAACAAACAAACAAAUCCAUUUAGAGACUCGUUUUGUGUGGCAAGAGAAAUGUGAUUUCGGGCGGAAGAAAAGAAGACGAUUGUGUGUACACACGACUGUUGAUUUGUGUCAAAAAAAGAAAGUGAUCGAGUUUCUCCUUUUUUUUUCUUUUCUUUUUCGUUUUGGAAUCAACAAAUGGAAGGAGAAAACGAUAAAAACAUUUCUUAUCAACAACAACUGCAUUUUUUUUGUUUUAUGCAUCAAAACAUUCGAAUUGUACCUUUUUCGUGUGGCAUUCCGCGAUGAAGUCGAACAGCGUCGUCUUCUGCAAAGCUUGAAAAUGAAGAAGAAUUAAGAAGUCAAAACCAAAAAUCAAGGAAGCAAAAGGACAAAAAGAAGAUUAUGUUGAUACAAUUAUGCUGUUAUUCUCUUCUUGUAUUGCAGGUUUUAAAAAUGUUUUCAUUUAUUUUGAACGAUCUAUGCUGACAGGAUCAAGAACAACAACAAAAAACAAUGGAACUUUGGAGCCAAAGCUUGAAUAACCAAUUCUAGUCAGUUUGUCACAAUAUGAUCUCACUAUCUCAUUCCCCCAUUGUUCAAAGUGGAACAAGACACUUUUAUAAAAACAAGAAAACAAAAAUUCGGGUCUGAUAUGAUAAUUUGCCAUUCCUCAAUCAUUUGUUAGUCAAAAUUGUAGUCUCCCUUCAUUUUGAAUAGUGCUGCCAUCUCUUGUACGCGCCUCCCCACUAUAUCUCCUCGGCCUGUCCCAAAAACUUAUAUCAUCAAAUACUCUCUCCUCUCCUCAUACGUUGUGGCUGAAUUGUUGAAUGAAAAAUGCCCCCCCUCCCCCUCAUAAUAUGAGUCAUUUUGUUUUGUUUUUUGAAUUAUUUGAAUGGUGGGCGAGUGCCGGUAAUCCUGCGGCUUUGUGACGCAAAGUGUUGAUAUCUCGUGUUUUCCCAUUGACUUUAGAAUCUCUUCAUUUUUUUUUAUUUGGAACUCUUUAUCCCCCUCCGAUUCCCUAAAGAGAAAAAAACAAAAUUAAUCUCCAGAAGAGAAAUUCAGGACAAACUUUGACGUCCGACAUCAUCAGCCAAAGACUUAAGAUUUUUUUUUUUUAGUUUUUCAACGAGUGUCUGUUCCCAUUUCGACUCAACUUGUAAUCUCACGACUUUUUUUUUUUUAAUGAUAAAUUUUGUUUUUAUUUAUAUUUAAACACCUUCUCCAGCGGAAGUUUGCCCUUUUCAUUGCGUCGACUUCGCUUAGAUGCGAAUUGUUGAACUUUGAAAAAAAAAAAGGUUACCUCUCUUUCCUUGUUCAUUUCUCUUACCUCUCUUUUAAAAAUUGAAAAGCAAAUCUAUAUAAGAAAUUCGUGCGAUGAACGGAUCGAUCGCGGUCCACAUUUGAAAAUCCAGCACAUUUUUGCGAAUCGUAGAAUUCGAAAAAGUUAGUUCAUUUCCGAAACCAGCCGUUCAUUUUUUGUUUUCAAAUUUCGCUAAAUCUAUCAAGAAAUUUUUUUGUUUUUUAGAUGAAUUUUUUUUUUUUUUUGUGUGGAUUGGAUCGAUUUUUUUUUUUUUGUUAUUGUGUUUGACGAGCACAAAGAGCUUGCGAGCUUGGCUGAAUUGAAUUAAAACCCGUAGCGCGAAAACAUGACAAGUUUGAAGUCAUUUCUCAUGUAGCUCUCUCCCAAUAUAUACUUAGGCCCAAACGAAGGCGUUCUUCUCGUUGAUCUAAUAGAAAACAUUGCAGUGCCAUCGAUUAUAUGAAUCUUCCCGUUUGCUCCCCUUCCCCUUAUAUAUCCUCCCUCGCUCCCGUAAAAAAAAAAAAAACAUAAAUAAAAAAUGAAGAAAAACCCUCAACCGUAAUUUCUAAUAGCCCAGAAAGCGAAUGGGACAAAUGAAUUCUUGAUGCUCUUUACAUCGCGUUCUUUCUCGUUCAUCAUGUAACCAACUUCCCCAGUGACCCUGUAUAAUUUUUACGCUAAUGUAGGAUAUAAGAAGAAAAAGAGAAAAAGAAAAAAAAAAAAUGAAAGGAAAGAUGAAGUCAUUAGCCAAGCGAAUCAUUUGAUUGAAAUCAUCCGAUAUACUUAACCAAAUUUUUUGAAAUCUCGGAAACAUUUUUUUUUCUAGUCGCAAAUCUUUUUUUUUUCUCUCUCUCUCUCUCUCUCUCUCUCGAUUUGAUUCAAGAAAUUAUUUUUUGAUUUCAUAUUCAAAUGCGCUGAUCGAGUAGGUAGAAUGUUUUUGUUUCAUUUGACGCAUCAUGAACACAGUAUAUUACAUCUUGUUUCAAAAGGGGGGGGGGGAGAACAAUACAAAUAGACAACAUGCCCUUCUUAAUUGCAGCUGAAGCCGAUCAUUUUGAAAAAAAAAAAAUCUCUUGAAUUCUUCACUCUCUUGUGAAGAUCAUUCAUUCUUUUGGUGUUCCUCCAUCGCAGCGCACUCGACCCCUAAAGAGGAUUUGAUUAUCUAUUUUCCAUAAACGAAGCGCCAAAUUUCAAAGACGGUGGCGCGAAAAUGAAAUAUUUCAAAAAAGCAAAAUAACAAAUUGAUAGUCAAAAAGAAAAAUCGUUGUGUACUUCAACAAAGAAGAUGAAUCCGAGUUCUAUAUUUGAUAUCCAGCAAAUUUGGAACGCAUUAUUACGAUUUUGUCUAUACCUGUCCCCGCCGCCGUCGCCGCGUCCGGUAUUUUUGCUCUGCCUCCUCUUCCUAUAUUUUCUCUUCUCUCUCUCUCUCUUGCCCUCCCUCCCAUUUGAGAUUUUAAUUUUCUAAGUACAUUAUAUAAGCAAAUAAAAUGAAAUAAAAAAAAACUAAAAUUAACAAAAAAAAAUAAAUAAAUAAAUACAAAGAAGAAAAGAAAAAAAAAGAAGAAAAGGUUCCCUCUCCCUUUGAUCAUCAUAUUUUCUCUUAUACUUAUUAUAUAUAUUGCGCGACCAUUUAUCUAUAAUUAUAUCCUGUUGCGGAUGAUAUUUCAUUUUUUUUUUGUCACUCCUAUAUAUCUCUCUCUCUCUAUCUCCUGAUCCUUCGAAUUCUUCUCGUCUCGCCCAACAUGAACACACAAACAACAGAAGCAAACAAAAAAAGAAAAGGAAACAACGCCGGCCCCACUCCCUCAAUUAUAUGCUCCUUUUAAAAUCCCGAAACAAGCAAAGAAUUGUUACUAUACUAAUUACCCGCUAUUUCAAAAAAAAAAUUGUAUACCUUAUUCCAGUAUUUCACAAAGAGACAAAAAGGAUCACGACAAACAAAAAAACAUGAAAAAUGCCCCCCCCCCAAAAAACACAAAAAACAAAACAUAAAAUCAUAUAUAGAACAAGACACAAUUUUUCUCUCCUUCUUUAUAUCCCUCCCGCAAUGGCACUGAAAUUCCCCCCCCCCCACCCCUACAUUUUUUUUUUCAUGAGAGCGUGGAUCGUGUAAGUGCUACACUGUUCAACAGAUAAUCUUUUAAAAGUACCAUUUAACAAGCUGGAAAAAAAAAAUCUUUUUUUGAAAAAAAAUAAUUACAAAAAAAAUAAUCGCCUACCAGAUGCCAAUACAACGCUUUGCAAGAAAA